UUCAAACGUUCACACGUUUUCUUGGCGUUGUUUGUCGUCCGGUGUUAAAUUUUUAACAGUUUUAUCUUUAUUUCAUAAAAUGUAACGUUGUGCUUGUGUCCGAUGCCCAUCUAUCAACUUUCAUCCAAUAUUGCCAAAAACAAUAAAAGAAACAUGUAGGCGCGAACAAUAGGAGAAUAAAAUGUUUGCAAUAGCUGCAUUAUGUACAUCCAUAUGACAUAGCCAUAGAUAUAUGCAAUAAAUGGAUCACACUUAGGAACACAAUAAUGGCUUCACCCACCCAUUUGGAUUCAGCUAGCAAAACAGAGCAGAGCAAAAAGCUUACCACAAUUGAGAUAGUUGGAGGCAUAAAUUGUCACAUCUGCCAGUCAAGGUUCCAGAACAAAAAGGAUUAUGACACUCACUAUAUUAAACACGAGAGCAAUAAUGCAGUCAUAGUGUACACCUGCGUAGUGUGCAACCAGAGCAUCUCCGGCUACCCCAGCUUCCGAGGACAUUGUUACACCAAGCAUGUCAUAAAAAGUAAAUUCAAGUGCGACCAUUGUAAUAAGGAGUUUUCAAAAUUUAUAGCUCUAAAAGAACAUAUCAAUACACAGCAUAAGUUUAAUUGUCGCUCGUGCAACAAAAAUUUUAAUUCAAAAAAAGAACGGCAGAUCCAUCAGAUUGUUCAUAACACCGACAAUCCGCCGUACAAUUGUCAGUCGUGUAACAAACAAAUCAACAGUGUGGACAGCUGCGAGGACCACAUCAGUCUACAUUCCUCCUUCAUAUACAUGUGCCCUAUCUGCGGUAAAAACGAAACCAAGAAACAUGAAGCAGUUCUACAUCUCAGACAGCACUUUAAAGAUGAGGAUAAUGUUGAGACAAGUUUAAAUGGUGAAGAAAUACCUCCUGAUGAUAUCAUAGAAAACCUUGGUGGUAUAUCUUGCUGCAUCUGCUUCACCGUGCAUAAAAACCGUUUGGCUUUCGACGCUCACUUCUCUCUGAAACAUGGCGAUUUAGACAUUGUGUACACUUGUAAUAAAUGCGAAAAGCAAUGCGAAAAGUACUCCAUAUUUGCUAACCACUGCUACUACCAUUAUAUGAAGAACAGAUUCAACCCCGGACGGCAGCAGCUGCAGCAGCACAUGAACACACACAACGGCCUCAAGCCAUACAAAUGUGACGCAUGCCCCAAAACGUUCGCUAGCUAUCCCAAUUGGAUGAAACAUAUGCGGAGAAUACAUAAUAUUAAAGGGAAAAUAAAGAAAAUGAGUGAAGCCGUAGAAUCCAAUAGUGAAAAUUCAGAUACAAGUGGCUUCCAGGAAAGCCCAGUUAAUACUGUCACCUCAGAGACAUCGGACACAAAUGUAGAUGCAGACAUAGUUCAGUCAGAUGACAGCGCGAUGGAGUCGGAUAGCAUUGAGCCCCUCGGUAUAGAAAAUGAUAUGCAAUUAUUUGAAGCCACCGAUAUGUGCACUGAUGUGUUGGCGGAGAGCACCAAUCUGUUCACACCUGAAUCCAUAGAGGAGUGCCUGGUGCGGGAGAGCUCGUCGCCGGGCGACUUCCCGCGCGAGUACGGGCCCGAGUUCAACAGCGGGCUGGGGGGCGGCGGCUGCGGGUACAUCGACCUGUACGAGCCCGCCAAGUGGGAGCCGCUCAUCACUAAAGUGUACAACGAGUACACGUACGGCGACAACGCGCUGUCCCUCAUGAAUACAGAUAUAUUUUGA